AGCCCAGGGCAGAGCUGAAGAGCCACCAUGGCCCCCACAGUCACUAUCUUGUUCUCCAUUGGGCUGUAUUGGACCUGGGCAAUUAAGGCACAGAUGGCCACCCUCCCCAGGCCCACCCUCUGGGCUGUCCCCAGUCCUGUGGUUCACCAGGGAGCAGAUGUGACCCUCAGGUGCCAGGGCCACCUGGGGAGUGACAGGUUCCAGCUGUGGAAGGAUGGAGAGCUCAGAGAAGAGAGAAAUGCAUCCUGGGAACUGGCAGAGUUUGUGCUCAGGAAGGUGGAUGGUAAAAGAGAUGCGAGAAACUACAGUUGCCGCUCUGGGCAGGGGCCCUGGUGGUCAGAGCUCAGUGAACCCCUGGUCUUGGUGGUGAUGACAGAUGUCUUCCCCAAACCUAUGAUUUCACAUUCAUCUUAUUACUCAAUAAUGCUAGGGGACAAAGUGACCAUCAGGUGCCAACUGUCACAACAGGCCCCCUCUCAGGACUACACCUUUGCCCUCCUGGGUGCAGAGAGCCUGGAGCCUUUGCAGCUGCAGAGCCCUGCAAGGACCUGGGCUGAUUUCUCACUUCCAUCUGUGAGGGCCGAGGACUCUGGGAGCUACAGCUGUAUUUACUACAGGAAGAUGGCCCCCCACAAUGGGUCACAUCCCAGCAAGAGCUUGGAGCUGACUGUGCAUGGACAACUCCCCAAGCCCACUCUGCUGGCCCAGCCUGGCCAAGUGGUGGUCUCGGGGGCCAACCUCACUCUCUGGUGCUCACGGCCCAAGCUGCCUUCCCUUGAAGAGGUGACUUUCAGUCUGUCCAAGGCUGGCACCCAGGAGCCCUUACAGCAUCAGAGCUCAGCAGAGCCCUGGGCUCGCUUCUUCCUCCCUUCUGUGAGACCCCAGGACACUGGGAGCUACAGCUGCACUUACAGGGAUGGGAGAGCCCCUGCCAGAGGAUCAGAGCUCAGUGAGGCCCUGGAGCUGGUGGUGCCAGGAUCUCUCCCCAAGCCUUCCCUCUCAGCCCUCCCAGGCCUUGUGGUGGAUCCCGGGACACAUGUGACUCUCCAGUGCCGGAAGCCUCCUCAGUCACCCUCUGGAGGGUGAACUUCACCCUGCUGAAGAUGGGG